AUGGCGAGGAGUUCUCUGAACUCUGAUGGCCUCCAGAGUCUCCGGAGCUCAGACCAACAGAGCGCCGUUGGGAUGUGGUUGAAACGGGGGAUGAAUUCAGCCAAGAAAUCUGCAGCAACUGUGUAUCCUUUAGCUUCAAAGGCUAAAGGAUACGCUCUUUGUAGCAUAUUUGGAUAUUUACUUGUUUUACGUGUGUGUGUGAGUGUGUGUGUGUGUGUGUGUGUGUGUGUGCACACUAACAGUAAAGUUGUGCUGUGUGCUCUGCAGUAUUCCCCUCUCCAGUCCAGAUGCUGUGCUGUGCAGAGAGAGGCUCAGUAUUCCACCAUAUCUAGUCCCAAUGAAAAGACCUUUGAUAAGAUCCUCAUUGCAAACAGAGGAGAGAUCGCUUGCAGGGUGAUCAAGACGUGCAAGAAGAUGGGGAUCCAGACUGUGGCUGUUCACAGUGACGUAGACUCCAGCGCUGUUCAUGUGAAGAUGGCUGAUGAGGCGGUCUGUGUUGGCCCCGCCCCCACCAGUAAAAGCUACUUGAACAUGGAUGCCAUCAUGGAUGCCAUCAGAGUGACUGGAGCACAAGCUGUAAAGGUGUUACGAACCUUCAUGUUCAGACUGAGGGAGGAAUUCAAGUUGCACUUUAAUAGUUCUGCACCUCUUGCAAUAAGUGCAGCUGUAGAGGUGAUUGCUGCUGUGAACAAACGUCAUGUGUUAACAGUAAUGGAUCCAUAUAUUCAUAUGUGCAUUUGCCCUUUUACUCCUCGCCUGUGUCAGACUGCAGAGGAAGCUGUGAAGAUUGCACAGCAGAUUGGUUACCCUGUGAUGAUCAAAGCUUCUGCGGGUGGAGGAGGGAAAGGAAUGAGGAUUGCUUGGAACGAUGAGGAGACGAGGGAAGGUUUCCGGUUCUCAUCGCAGGAGGCGGCAUCCAGCUUUGGAGACGACAGGCUGCUCAUUGAGAAAUACAUAGACAACCCCAGACAUAUAGAGAUUCAGGUGUUGGCUGAUAAACAUGGAAAUGCUCUGUGGCUCAAUGAGAGGGAGUGCUCCAUCCAGAGGAGGAACCAGAAGGUAGUGGAAGAGGCGCCCAGUACUUUCCUGGACCCCGUCACACGACGGGCAAUGGGUGAACAAGCAGUCCAACUAGCCAGAGCUGUGCAGUACUCGUCUGCUGGGACUGUGGAGUUUCUAGUGGAUUCUAAGAAGAACUUCUACUUCCUGGAGAUGAACACACGACUACAGGUGGAGCAUCCAAUCACAGAGUGCAUCACUGGCCUGGAUCUGGUGGAGCAGAUGAUCAGGGUUGCCAAGGGUUACCAACUGCAGCACACACAGGAAGAUAUCCCAAUAAAUGGCUGGGCCAUUGAGUGCCGCGUCUAUGCAGAGGAUCCUUACAAGUCUUUCGGUCUUCCCUCCAUUGGACGCCUGUCUCAAUACCAGGAGCCACUCAACCUUGACAAAGUCCGUGUAGACAGCGGCAUUCAGGAGGGAAGUGACAUCAGCAUCUACUAUGAUCCCAUGAUCUCCAAGGUCGGUGAUGUAUUGGAUACAAAAUGUAACCAUUCAGCUCCAAAGUUUAUUUGUAUCAGAUCUUUGAAGGAGGUCGGUGCUUCACAGAUGACUGUUGAUAAGAUGGCUGUCGCAAACGCCCGUUACAUCCUGGGCCAGAUUAGUAAAAGUCCUCUUUCUGUCACCUGCCUUUCCAGAGAUGCUGCAGGAGUGAUUGUCCUACAGUACCUGGGCACUUUGUUUAAGGUUCGAGUUCUGUCCAAGCUGGCUGCAGAGUUGAACUCCUACAUGCCAGAAAAAGUUUCAGAGGACACGAGCAGCAUCCUGCGUUCACCGAUGCCGGGAACAGUUGUGGCCGUAUCUGUCAAACCUGGAGAUACGGUUGCAGAAGGUCAGGAGAUUUGUGUAAUUGAAGCCAUGAAGAUGCAGAACAGUUUGACUGCUGUCAAGCAAGCGAAGGUUAAGAGUGUCCACUGUAAGCCGGGGGAGACUGUGGGGGAAGGAGACCUGAUGUUUGGGCAAAUGUUUCGGGGUCCAAACACCAUUUAA